AUGGCGACACUGCGGAGAAUGGAAGAGCAGGUCUUUGCUGCUUGUCGGACUCCAAGCGUCGGCGGGGAGCCGCGGAGCGCAGCGCCAGCCUGCCAGGACUGGUCACAGCUUUCCGCCGCCGCGGACCUCGAGCGCCGUGCUACGGCAGUGAAGAGUCGCCGCGAAGGCCUUUACCUCCCUGGAGAGCUUCGGGCCCUCGAGGCCGAGAAGGCUCAGGCUCGGCUGGCGGAGGAGCGCAGCGAGCGCCGCGCGGCCAACGCCAGCCGCGAGGCCGCCGAGGUGGAGGAGGAGGAGAAGCGAAAGCAGGGUCAAGCGCGAGAGGCGGGGCGCCGACGCGCCUGGGACACGCCGGAGCUCCGAGAUCUCAGGCGCCACUACCAAGAGGUGGAGGCCGAGCAGAUGAGGCAGCUCCAGGUUCUGCGCAAAGAGGUGGAGGCCGAAAGCCGCCAGCAGGAGGAGUGCGCUUGUAGAGCGGCGCAGGAGGCCGAGGUCCUGGCACAAGACCAGGCCAGCGCCCACUUGGCUGCCGAGAGCCGGGCCCGUGCCGUGCAGCUGCAGGAGGAGGGCGAGGCUGUAAAUCGGCAGAAGGCCCGAGACCAAGCCCAGCGAAGUGCCAAGGAGAAGCAGCAGGACAAGAGGAUGGUGCAAGCGGCCGUCUUCAAGGUACAGCAGGAGGACGCCCAGGCGGAGACGCGAAGGCGCAGGCUGCAGGCUGCGGCGCACGCGGCCUUGGACAGGCUCAUGGUGGAGCAGCGCCAGCUACGCGAGCAGGAGGUGCGCGAGGAAGAGGCUGCUGCCCUGCGUGCGCAGAAGCAGCGGAGUGCGCAGGCAUCCUUUUGGGCCGCGAGGGCCAAGGAGCGCCGCGCGGCGGAGCACGCGCGGGCGCAGGUCUUGCGGCGCGUGGCGGCCUUGCUGGCCCAGCAGCAGGAGGACGAAGAGCGUCUUCAAAUGCUGCAUGGCCUUCUACAGGAAGAAGAGGCAGCCGCGGCCCAGCGCCGGGAGGAGGAGCAGGCGCUCGAGCGGCGCCUCCAGGCCCGCGCCAAAGCUGCGCAGGCCGCGGAGGAAGGGCUUCGAAAUCUCCGUGAGAGGCGUCUGAAGGAGGAGGAAGAGGAAGCCGCCUGGCGCGCUCGCUUCGUGGAGACCUGUGCCGCAGAGGCAAAGCUGGAGCAGCUGAGUGACCAGAAGAGGCGCAUGCGUCUGCUGGCCUUCAAGCGGGAGGCCGAAGAGCUGGCCGCCCAGCGCCGUGAGGUGCAGGAGGCGGAGGUGGAGAGGGAGGAAGCUGAGUGGCACCUCCAGCGUCUCGAGGAGGAGGACAAGUCCCGCAUCCUGGAAGAAGAGAGGCGGCGGCUCUUGGAGCUACAUGCCCGUGGCGGGUUGCUGGCGCGCGCUUGGUUCAGUGGGGCUGUUUUGCCAAGGCACCUCCAAGACACUGACUGA